AUGGCAAAAGAGUGUUUAGGAGGUUGUUCAUAUGUUUUGAGGCUUGAUGGGAAUAACCAUAUGUUCCCAAUUGUUUGGGCCAUUGUUGAUGUGGAGGACAAAGAAAACUGGAGAUGGUUUUUGGACUGCCUUAUUAACUCUCUAGAUUUGAAGAAUGGGGCUGGCAUAACAAUAAUUUUUGAUAUGCAAAAACUACAAAAGAGGCACUACCAUAGGCUGAACACAGAUGGUAUGCAAGACAUGUGUAUGCAAAUUGAAGUAAAGACUAGAGAGGGGGAAAAGGCAGCUGUUGACUUGCUAAAAUACACUCCACAUAAGUGGUGCAAGGCUUAUAUUAAUGCAAGAUAUAAAUGUGAUAUGGUGGACAACAAUGUCAGAGAGACAUUCAAUUCUUGGGUGAAUGAAUUCAGGGACAGACCACCAAUCACACUUCUGAAAGAGAUUAGAAAGAAGGUCAUGAAAAGGAUAUCAAACUACAAGAUUUUACUUCCACAUGGCAAGGUGACUUCUCACCUGAUUGCAUGGCUACAGUUGAGUGCAAUUUUUUUGUUGAGCACUGAAUGUGAGAUAUUGGACAAUUGUGAUGAUGGUUAUGAGGUCAGCCAUGGUGAUGAUCAACACAUUGAGAUUUUCAACAAAAAGUCUUGUACCUGCAGGUUAUGGGAUAUAAGUGGGAUUCCUUGUGCACAUGAAAUUGUAGCCCUAUACCAUGCCAAGAAGAACCCCUUCGACUACAUUUGCAAUUAUUUCAACAAGAUGAUGUUCCAAAAUGCAUAUCAUUUUUCCCUACAACCUGCUGGGGGCGGUCAAAUGUUGGCAUUGUGA